AUGGGACGUGAGAAUCAACCAAGAUGCAAAGCCCAUGGACAUGAACAAGCGCGGUUCAGUCUCGGCGAAGGAUUCUUCCUCCUUUCCAAGCAGCGUACGGCCGCAGUAGAUAGGGCAACAGGAUUGCGAAGAGCGAUUGACCUAAGUCGCCUUCCAACACCCACGACGUUGGGUAUCACCAUGCACGCUUCCUUCCUCCGUGAGGAAAUUUGGCAUUGCCAAUUUAACGUACUGCUUCUCCACGCGAAUGGUCUUCACUUCCCACUUCGGACGUUCAUUAUCCCACCCAAGUUUCAUGGGCUGUACCAUACCAAUGCAAUGUGGCAGAGUGUUACCGUAUUGAAACAGGUGUCGAUCAACCAGAUCAGCUUCCAGAUAGCGGUCGUUCGAUGGAGAGUGGUGGAGAGUGUGUCCAAGCGGACUAGAAACGGCGGAUUCCAUCGUGAUCUCCCGCUCUUUGAAUUAAAUUAUAGCAAGGUCUGA